UUAAAUGUAUUUCUCUGCUGACCAGUUACACCAUGGUGUAUGUGUGUUUACAUAAACAGUUCAUAUUGCUGGUAACCAUGAUCUGUUAUGGGAAACAAUCCCUCCUACACAUUGUAUAUGUAUACAGUACACACAUAGCCUUUAUCUUCUUACUCUGCUCAUUCACAUCAAUAGGUUUUUAUGCAUUUAUAGUUGAAACUCUCCCGAAUAAUGAAUCUGUUGAAAUAUUGCUUUUGACAUGUUGACCUUCAGCAUCAUGUUGGAGCCUUUAAUUGUACAAGUUUAUUCACAAACUGUAUCACACUAAAAUCACAAAAUCACCACAGCAGACUCCAGGCAAAAUACUUGACACAUUCAAAUAUGAGAACCAAUCAGAACUCACAGUGGUGUGGCAAACACUGAACAAUGAAUUGGCAUUUCCCUGACAGAGUGGGGACAGCUCACCAUAUCAUGCAUUUGGUGUUACCUAGACUAACCAAAUACAUGUGUCAACUCUCUGACUCAAAAUUAAUUUCAGAUGUUUGUGAUUCCAUACAAGGUCUAUAAAUUUGCACUCUGACAAAUAUGUGAGCCACCACAGAACAUUUUCUCAGUCCUUUCUGAGAGUAUUCUCCCAGGGUUGCCUCAAACUAGCCUGGCAAGCCAGAUUAGUGUUGCCAUUGACAAAACAAAAUCAUCUGGCGUAUGGUGUCAUUGUGUUAAUAUAAAAAUGCUCCGUCCCAAUGUCCAUGCUUGGCAUUAAACCUUCAUAAAUAUUAACUGAUGUAAUCAAGAGAAGUGUCUCAUUGCGAGAGGUUGUGAGGUCUUAAAAUUCCUAAUUUGGAAAAGGGACAGGUUUUAUAAAAUCCCAUGUCGCUAGUUUUUGUUACAAGUAAAGUGUGAGCCUUUCAUAUGUAGCCUAGUUUAAUAAAACUGAGUGCUUGUUGUGGACCUUUUGAAUAAUAUAGUAAUAGUUGACUGAUUUGAGCUUUCAAUAUUUAAACUUCCCAACCUCCUUUCAUUAAGAUGAGCGCUCAAGCUGUCUGUCAGCCAUAAACGGUAAACACUGGGAUCGCACCUUAUCUUAACCAUAUGAAACCAAGGUCUGAACCCAACCAUUCAAUCGUGACUAGGAAUGUGGUAGGCUAAUUCCCACCGAUGUGAAUCCCGCAGGUAUGAGAAACUCUGUCUGUGGUGUCCUCGCUAUGUCCUUCACUUGGGGGCGUUGUCAGAUUGAAUUAUUGAAAUGCUCCAAACAACUACAGUAUUUGACAUAGACACAGUGGUCUGCAGAGUUAGCCAGUAAACAAUGCAGGGUCCCAGAUUGUGAACAUCUUGUGAUCAUUUUUUUUAAAGCCAGUGGUACAAAAAUUAAAGAAAUAGGAACCCAUGCUUAUUGCGAAUGUGCCCUUUUAUGUUUUUCAGAAGUCAUAAUGUCGUAACCUUGAGACAGUGUGUGUUUUUAUUGUCCGACUGUCCAGCUUACAUGUUGUCAGCAUUUAGUAAAAACAGCAAGUCUUCUCCUCCAAAUGGAGGGUCACAUGCUGAGAGCGGUGCACAAAGGUAUCUGCUUCAUUGACCACCAACACUGACUGAUGGACCACUCAGACCAACGAGCGCUGCUGCAGGUACGUUAGCAUAACUAGUCAGAUAAUUUAGCUAGGUAACGUUAGUUGAAUGUAAUGGUUGUAUAACGUGAUACGGUCACUUUAAUUGGUCGGGUAAUAUUCAUUGAAAUCUGUGUAAUGUUUGAUAGUGAAGGUAGUAUAAGCUACUUGAAUUUUUUAGAUAUACUAAGCUAAAGCAACAACUGAAAUGUCAGAGUACAAUUCAAUAGUCAUAACUAGCUAGCAAACAUGUUAUCUUGUUAAUACAUCUUACCCAUUGUGCUACCAAAUGGUGAACACUAGGAAUCUUUUCUUUUCUUCAUCAACCUUUGCCCAUGUUGAUCCCUCAUUUAAGGACAACACCAGAAGACACCAGCCUUUCCUCACUGGCAGAGAAUGGGGGGGGGGUGAUCCAGGAAAGCCCGCUGUUUGUCACAUGGAAAAUAGGCAGAGACAAGCGGUUGAGGGGUUGUAUAGGUACAUUUUCUGCCAUGAAUCUGCACUCAGGACUCAGGGAAUACACCCUUACCAGUGCCCUUAAAGACAGCCGCUUCCCCCCUAUGACAAGGGAUGAGCUGCCUCGCCUCUUCUGCUCAGUGUCUCUUCUCACCAACUUUGAAGACGUCGGUGAUUACCUUGACUGGGAGGGGGUCAUUAUCGCCAACAGUUGACCGUGACUUUCACCUGCCAAAAUAUCUGGCGGCUUGUUUGCUCACUUGACUUCAAUGUUAUUAAAAGUUGAUAAAAAUUUGCAUACUUUUACUUGUGUGUGUGCAAUUGCAACUGCUGCAGCUUCUUCGGGCACCACGUUCACAAGUUUGAAAAUAGGUUGGUGGUCCCUCCUCUUUCCACUAUGUUGCCAAGAUGGCGACUGUUGAGUGUAAGAAUUGUCCAGCAUUAUACUCUGAACCUUUUGACAGUUACGAAUAACGCACUUAUGCACUCAAAAUACAGGUGCUGGUCA